CCUGGUACACGCAGCACCUGAUGCACUACAGUGAUCUCAUUUCCAAUUUCCUCCCUCCCUUUGUUCCGGGAGAGACCCGGCCUGUCUUGCUCUCCGCACACAGCAGGUGCUCAGUAAACGAAGGAGACACACCGAGGGCCUCCCCGAAUCACCCGCUCUCAGAGCAGGGAGCCACACGGCACCCAGGGACCAUCCAUGGAGCACUGUGCUCCUGGCCAAGGCCCGCUUGCUCGUUCACUGCCAUCUGGCACCUGCUGGGAGCCAGGCCAGCCUCAGCUGCUGCAGCAUCUCCCAGAACACACCCGCCCAGCGAGCCCCGACACCGCCCUCAACCACGGCACCUGCACGCGCCCAGGGCAUGGCGCCAGGCCCACAGAGAACCGAGAACAAGCUCACGUCUUCUCCAGGAACCUGGACAAUAAAGCAAAGUCCAGCAGCCGGAGGAAAGCCGCCCAGUGGGGAGGCCUCCGUCAGAGGAAGCGAGGGGGCAGCGGGGAGACCCUGGAUGGGGAGGCACAGGCCCUGCAGCGUCAGCCAGCUCCAAGGGCCACCCGGAGGAGACGCCAGGCAUCCUUCCGCCAGGGCCGAACCCGGUUCUGCCCCACGUCCUCCCUCCCCUGGCACAGUCCCCGCGCCCAGCCCCGUGCCUGCUCCCCGACAGCCACCUCGGCCCUGCCGUCGUUAGCCAACCACCCCCCCACACACACCUAUAGACAGAUGGUGGGUGCCCGCCCCAGGCACAGCCAACCCAGGGAGACCCACACGCAGCACCCUCCUCCUGGGGCCCCGGGAGGUGACAGGAGCUCACAGCAGCUGACACCCCAGGGACGGUCCUCAGGGCCACGGCGGCAGGGACUCUGGGCAUGGGCCGGGAGGGGCACGGGCCCCGCUUGAGGACGCACCACAGACUCCCUGACAGGACACCCGCAGCAGAGGCGAUGGCUGGGGGCAGGCGAUUGGCGUGCUGUGGGGCUGGGGAGCACCCAGGGAGCAGCUGUCCACAGUAACCGAGGAGACCGAGGACAGGGGGCCAGACGUGGACCAGGAACACGGGGGGCUGGGGGCGAUGGCAAAGCGCAGCCCCCACCCACAGAGGAGCAAGCCCCAGCCUCGACACAGCCGCAGCCUGAUCCCAGGGGAGGCGAUGCAUCCCGAAAACAAGGCCACCGCCCAGGGCCCCAGAGUACACAUCCGCCUCCAGAACACAGGUAACAAGCGCACAGCUGAGCAAAGACUGAACCCACGACACUUCACACAUCCGAGGCUGGUGACCAGGACCCUGCUCACACCCCUCGUCUGCCUCCCUCCCUCCCCCUAGCCUCACCGCACCCGGGUCCUCUCGGGCCUCCCCAAAGACGAUGACAAUGACAGCCUCCACCCUCCACAGGGCCCCCAGGGUCUGUCACAGGGCUGACCAGGCCUCAUCCCAGCAGACAGGGCUCUGACCACCACCCAGCCCAGCUCCCGGCUCUGCGGUACCAGUCACCACACUGCCCGCCACUCCCCCAAGGCACGCCGGAAUUCCAUCAGGCUGACACCCUGUGGGAGCCAACCUGGCUUCCUGGGUCUGCAGAAGGUCCCGCCCUCCCUGCUCGCCCACCUCUAGCCCCUGCACUGCACCUCCUCAGCCUGCACCCUAGCACAGGCUCACCCAGCACCUCUUGCCCAGAAAGUACACGGCCCCUGCUGCCUCCCUGCUUCCACCCUCACCUCCCUGAGGUCUGGUCCCGACACAGCAGCCAGAGCCAGGCUUCCAAACAGGCCAGAUCACAGCUCGCUACGGCUUAACCCAUCUGGCCUCCAGCCCAUCCAGAAGAAGCCAGGCUCCCUCCAGGGCUGGCAAGACCCCCCCCCCAAUGUAACUCAGACCAUCUGCCACCAUCUCCCUUCGUCCCCAGGUCAAAGCUUCCAUGGCGGGGCUUCCCUGGUGGUGCAGUGGUUGAGAG